GAUUGUGGCAGAUUUGGACUCAGAGAACCGAUCUUGUUUGAGUUCUGCACUUGUAAGCGCAGCGCGCGAGGAUGAUUGUAUUGACCGAUGUCGAUGGGAUAUCAGUCGACCUGGGAGGCGAUUGCGUAUUAUGCAAAGCCUUAUCACAGCUGGUGCGGAUGUAAAUUGGGAGGAGCCAGAGGGAUGGCUGUCCCAGCAUAGGCCAGUCCCAGGACUGAAUGUGUUCUGGACUUUGCUUGAAGAUGGUCUGUCAUCCCCUAGAGAUGAGAUUCUUCUUCUUCUAAGUAAUGGGCUGCAACUCGAGAAGGCGCGUGCCGAUAAUGGCCGUACACCACUAUUCGGCCUUGUUUAUGAGCAGCAACACGAUAUAAGUCUCGCCGAAGCAUUCCUUACUGCAGGAGCAAAAGCAACUGCUAAAGACGCUAACCUGGAUACAUCUCUACAUUUCGCCGGCAAUCGUUGCUUUGCGGAGCUACUGUUCAAGUUCGGUGCACAAGUUUCUGCAGAAGAUCGUGACGGCUUUACGCCGCUUCAUAUGGCCUGCAGAUACCGGCGCCCAGAUGUCGCAGAGUUUCUUCUAUCGAAAGGGGCCACGGUUGAUGCGACUACCAGUGAAAAGCAAUGGACACCACUUCUACUCGCAACAGAUCCGAGGAAGAACGAUACAUGUAUCGAAGAUCGGGAACAGCACGAGAAGCUCAUCGAACUUCUUUUCGCGCAUGGUGCGAAUGUGCAGGCCACUACUUCAGACGGACGAACAGUACUCCAUAAUGCGGCACGCGCCGGCAACCUCGACCUCGUGAAGUAUGUGGUUGACCAUGGCGUGGACGUUUGCGCCGUCACGUCAAACGGGAAAACGGCUUUGCAUUUGGUUGGCAACUUGUCACGUCCACACGACCCCCAGAUAGCCCAAAGGCUUGCGAUUAUACACUUUCUUCUUGAGCAUGGUGCCGAUAUCAACGCCCAAGAUCAGGCAGGAUCAACACCAUUGCACGAUUCCUGGUCCUGCGCUCACUACUACGUCCAUAGCUCCUUUCAGUAUGACUGCCGCUUCAGCCCCGAUCUCUUCAACUUGCUCCUGAAUAAAGGCGCCGAUAAACUUGCGAGAGACGAACAGAUGCGAACACCAACUGAGCUCAUUGAUCGCGAGAAAUGGAUGUUGGACGAGGACGGUUUUGUAUGUGCAAAACUCAAGCCAGUUAGAAGCCCUCCUAGGAGAGGAGGAAGAGGAAGAGGGAACUGAAUGCAGUGAAUCUCGGA